AUGGCAUCCGGAAAUGACUGGUCACGAGCGUUCCAAGAGUAUGAUUUUAAUGAUGCAUACUUUAAUAACGUUGGUUCCAGUAAUGUAGAUGAAGAUAAUGAUGAUGACUGGACCGAUGAGGAGCUCGAAUGUGAAGAAGAAGCAGAGUUUAAUUUAGUGAAUCCUAUAAUUGGGGAGGUGUAUGCGUACAUGCAGCGGCAUUAUGAUAAACAACCAAUGCGAACAAGUGCGUUGACCGGCAAGGCAUAUAUGGAUGAGGUCACUGAAGGUAACCAAGCUAACUGUUUUGAGAUGUUCCGCAUGACACCUGAAUUGUUGUUACAUUUAGUGGACGAGUUGGCUCGACAUGGUUACUUGAGGGACGGACAGGGUUCAGUGAAUGCCACUCAGGCCGUGGCCAUUUUAUUGUACGUACUUGGACACAACACCCGCUUUAGAUGUGUUGCAGACAGGUUUCAACACUCAACAGAAACUGUGUGUCGGCAUUUUCGUCAGACGUUACGGGCUGUCCACCACUACGCGAAGCAUUUAAUUAAACCUGAUCAGAAUGUCACAAGCCUCCCUGAACAUCUUCAAGUGAACAAGUACUGGCCGUGGUUUGAGAGAUGUGUAGGAGCAAUGGAUGGAACGCACGUGAGUGCCCGACCUCCUGCAAAUGAGACUCAAGCACACAGAGACCGCAAGAGCCUUAUAACAACUAAUGUGCUGUGUGUGUGUAACAUGGACAUGCAGUUCACAUUUGUCCAUGCUGGGUGGGAAGGAAGUGCGAAUGACUCAAGAGUUUUUGAGGAAGCGACUAGUGACCGGAAGCAUGGAUUUCCAUGGCCACCAACAGGGUCGUACUACUUGGUGGAUUCAGGUCUACCAAUUGGCACUAGUUUUCUCCCCCCUCACAAGUCAACUAGGUACCAUGCGCAAGAAUUCCACUCGGCUGGUAGACGGAUAACAUCAAAGAAAGAGUUGUACAACUACAGGCACUCAUCCUUGCGGAUGGUUAUUGAGCGGUCUUUUGGAGUGCUGAAGGCCCGUUUCCCCAUUCUGAAUUUAAUGCCAAACUUCAAGCCAAUUAGGCAGCGUUACGUGAUUGUUGUGUGUUGUGCUCUACACAAUUUCAUACGUAUGAACAAUCGAAGUGAUGAAUUGUUCAGAACAAUAGGGGAGAGUGAUGACGAAGGCAGUGGCAAUGGCGGAGGCAGUGGCCAUGCUGGAGCAUCAACAAGCUCAGCGACCCAAAGGCAUGUAGUAGAAAUGUCAAAUGCAUCGAAGAGAGCGAUGGGCCAAUUUAGGGAUCAUAUCACUGACACAAUGUGGGAUGAUUAUGUUGCCCGUGGCAACGUGAGAUGA